CUUUUUGGAUUCGUUGUUGUGACCCAACCGUAUUCAGUUGCUGAGCGUAUAUGAUACGGGGUUGCCAUGGGGCCAUUACUAUUGUUGUUUUUAAUUGGACUGGCCACGGUGCAGUCGCAGGAUUGUAAUUGCCAGUCGGAUACGAUGGUUUGCCAAAGAAUAGGUUCUUUGAAACAAUUAAGAAGUGGAAUAGAAGAGUGCCUCAAACUGGAGGACGCUAUUAUAGACUUUACCGGUUUGCAGUUGGAAAAUAGUGAAAUCGAUUUGGAGGCGACAUGGUUUGAAGGUUACGAAAAUAUCAAGGAGUUCGUUAUCGCUUACAGCAACAUAACUAUAGCGGCGGGGACAUUUAAAAACUUGACAAAUUUGGACAAUCUACUAAUCCGUUUUAACAACGUGGGCUCGAUUCAUUCCCAGGCAUUUGCAGAACUCUACAAUUUAAAGCAAUUCCAGAUUCUUUCAACUAAAAUGGAACGUAUUCCGAAAGGGGCGUUCGACGAUAUGCAUUCGAUAACCUAUUUCGAGUUGCAGGAUGUUAACCCGGUCGAAAUCGAGUCGGGUGUUUUCGAUCAUUCCCCUAAUAUCAAGACAUUGUACUUGACGGGAAACAACAUGACGAAAUUACCCACUGGGUUGCUAUCCAAGCUCAUACUACUUGAACAAGGUUGGUUUAAUGAAAUGAAUCUCGAUCUGCUCGAUGGGGAAACCUUCAAGGGCCUGGUUAAUCUUCAAAAGCUUUCAUUGGAAAAGAAUCAGUUGCAAGAUUUGCCAGCGCACAUCUUCCACGACCUUGACGCGCUUUAUGAACUGCAUUUAGGACAUAAUCAUCUGAAAAUCCUGCACGAAGAUCUUCUAUCCACUUUGAAAAACUUGAAAUCGCUCGAUCUCUCCCACAACGAGAUCAACGCACUACCCAAAGAUCUAUUUAAACACCUUCCUCAAGUGACCUCUAUUAAUCUCGCCGUGAAUAAGAUCGCUAGCUUAGACGUCGACGUAUUUAGAGCCAUGCCCAAACUGGUAUCACUGAAGUUGCAGAAUAACCUCCUUUCUUCGCUACCAUCAGGUUUAUUUUCAGGGAAUCCAAACGUUGAAGACGUCAAUAUGAAGAACAACGAACUGGAGAAAAUCGUCUCCGGCAAUUUUCAAGGAAUGAGUCAACUGAAAACGCUCCAAUUGUCCAAGAACAAAAUUUCACUGAUCGAACCGCACUCCUUCGAUGGACUGGGAAGUCUGGAGGAGCUCGCCUUGAACGACAACCAAGUGAAGGAAAUCUCAACGACUCAGUUUAACGAUCUGAAAAGUUUGACCAAUCUAGAUCUAUCCAAGAACAAACUUCGAACCCUUCCACCUGGAGUGUUUGACGGGCUUAGUUCGAUCGAACAAAUUCUCCUCACCGACAAUAGCAUUACCAAGUUGGAGAAGGGAGUUUUUGAUAAACUAGCUCACUUGGGCGGCCUAGACUUGAUUAACAACGAGAUUGAAAUCAUCGAAGCGGGUACGUUUGAGAAACAGCGCAAGCUGAGGUCCUUGAAUUUGGCCGGUAAUAAACUUAGGAACGUAAAUGGGGAAAGUCUCAAGGGAUUAUCGGCGAUUUCCAAUUUCAAUCUGGAAACCAACCCGAUCGGCCACAUUUCGUGCGAUAGCUUCAAGGUGCUGCCCGCCCUUCGACGUCUGACCCUUGAAGACAUUCCCAUCGAGGAUUUACCGCUAGGCUGCUUUUCUGCUCUGAAAAACCUGAACUAUCUGCAUAUUAAGAAGACCAAGUUGAAAUUUGUGAAAAAAGGAGUUCUUGCUGGGCUGGAGUAUGUCACAGAUAUGCACUUGACGGACAGCGAAAUCGAAGAGCUGGAACAGGGAACUUUCGAUGAGCUUGUAGACUUACGAGGUCUAACCCUUUCCAAUAACCACCUAUCGAAGAUCAACAAGGAUACCUUCAAGGGGUUGUCUAAAUUGGACAUGCUGUCGUUAAGCGAUAACAAAAUCUCAACGAUAAAUUCGGCAAUAUUCGAGCCUUUGAGCAACUUGCGAUUGUUGUACUUAAAUGGCAAUCAGCUGGGCGAUAUUCCGGCAGAUGCCUUCAGCGGUUUACCUAACCUGAUUUACUUGGACUUAUCCAAGAACGUUAUCGAAAAGUUACCGGCGGAGGUUUUUCAAUCGCAGAAAUCGCUAAACAAGUUAAAUUUGGGCCAUAACGAACUGCGUGUUUUAGACAAAGGAUCAAUUCCGAUCACAUCAGACUUGCACUAUCUGCUUUUGAACAACAACAAAAUUUUGGAGAUCAAACCAGGGACCUUCGAUGACAUGAAGACGCUUCGGGAACUCAACCUGUCAAACAACUUAUUAACGCACAUUUCACCGGGGACUUUAGAGGGGCUGUCUUCCAUGUACUCACUGUACCUCGAAAACAAUACGAUCGUCGAUUUGACCGAGACAGUUUUUGAUAAUUUACCAGCUUUGGCACAUUUGCAAUUGAAAGGGAACAAACUGGAUGCCAAAUUCUUAGAGAUCAUAGAGAAGAAAUUUCCUGGGUCUGAUUUAGGCGAUUAAUGAUCCUGAUUCAACUGCAUGUCUUCGUUCAAUAAAGAGUUAUGUAAUUGAUUAUUUUGGAAUAUUUUAAACUUCUUCAAUGUUGAUUGAUCUGUUCGUCUGCUCGAACGGAUAUUAUGAUAUUAAAUCGUUUCCAAAAUUA